GCUGAGGUAGAGGCAGCGGCAGGAGUAGGGGUGAAAUUUCUCGAAGCCUUCAAGCCGCGGGUUUGGCGGAGUCGCGGGCGGCUCUGGUUGGGAGCCGAGCCGGCCCCGGGGCCGGGAUUCCCUAGUGGCGCCGGCGGGAACAGAGGCGGGUCCUGGGGCCUGGAGCGGAGGAGGCGGCUGUCGGGGCCCGUCCGGGAGCGGAGGAGGAGGCGGCGGGCCCCGGCCCCGGGUCGCCGAGCAUGAACCACAAGAGCAAGAAGCGGAUCCGGGAGGCGAAGCGCAGCGCCCGGCCCGAGCUGAAGGACUCGCUGGACUGGACCCGGCACAACUACUGCGAGACCUUCCCGCUGAGUGCGGCGGCCUGCACGGAUAAUGUGGAAAGGGCAGAUGCACUCCACUUAUCGGUGGAAGAAUUUGUUGAGCGUUAUGAAAAGCCUUAUAAGCCUGUAGUUCUGUUAAAUGCUCAGAUGGGCUGGUCUGCCCAAGAGAAGUGGACUCUAGAACGCCUGAAGCGCAAGUACAGGAACCAGAAGUUCAAGUGUGGUGAGGACAAUGAUGGGUACUCUGUGAAGAUGAAGAUGAAAUAUUACAUAGAGUAUAUGGAGACCACACGUGAUGACAGCCCCCUCUACAUCUUCGACAGCAGCUACGGAGAGCACCCUAAGCGCAGGAAACUCCUGGAAGACUACGAAGUGCCCAAGUUCUUUACUGAUGACCUAUUCCAAUAUGCAGGAGAGAAGCGCAGACCACCUUAUAGAUGGUUUGUAAUGGGCCCACCUCGAUCAGGAACAGGAAUUCAUAUUGAUCCUCUGGGAACCAGUGCUUGGAAUGCCUUAGUCCACGGACAUAAGCGCUGGUGCCUCUUCCCUACCAGCACUCCCAGAGAGUUGAUCAAAGUGACACGGGAAGAAGGAGGGAACCAGCAGGAUGAGGCGAUCACUUGGUUCAGUAUCAUAUACCCUAGGACGCAGCUCCCCACCUGGCCUCCUGAAUUCAAACCGUUGGAAAUUGUGCAGAAACCAGGCGAGACUGUCUUUGUACCAGGUGGCUGGUGGCACGUAGUUCUCAAUCUCGAUACAACCAUUGCCAUCACACAGAACUUUGCCAGCUGUACCAACUUCCCUGUGGUAUGGCACAAGACAGUAAGAGGGAGGCCAAAAUUAUCAAGGAAGUGGUACAGGAUCCUAAAACAAGAGCAUCCUGAGCUGGCAGUGUUGGCUGAUUCAGUUGAUCUACAAGAAUCGACAGGUAUUGCAUCUGAUAGUUCCAGUGAUUCCUCCAGUUCCUCUAGCUCCAGCUCCUCAGACUCUGAUUCAGAGUGUGAUUCUGGCUCUGAGACCGAAGGGAUGAUGCAUCGGCGGAAAAAGAGAAGGACUUGCAGCAUGAUGGGUAACGGUGACACUACCUCUCAAGAUGAUUGUGUGAGCAAAGAGCGCAGCUCCUCCAGGAUUAGGGAAUCUUGCGGAAGCCACGCUCACCCCUGAGAGAUAACAAGAACCGUCUAGAGGCAGCUGCCACUCGAAGCUCCGUUAGCAGCCAGGUCUGUUCUACCCCUCUCAGCUCCUAUCUACUCUUAGGAUCCUUCUCAAGUCUUCACUGCUACUUUGAUCCAAACUCCUAUCUUCCAUCACGUGCUGACUAAAGAUGACUCCUUGGUAACUACUGAGGGACACUCCCAAGUCUAAAUGACUGUGGAAUGCUUAGUGUCCUUCUGUACCCCUAAAAAAGUGCACUAAAUGGUCAGAAAAUAACCCAGCUCUGGGCAAGGACUUGCCUUGUGUCUAACAGUUCAUGAAGCUGGCAAGGAAAACAGUCUGAUGCCUGUUUUUAAAGGACUGUUUUAAAACCAGCAGCUACAUCCAGAAACCUACCCUGCUUUGACACUGUCAUACGUUUACAUGUGCUGCACAUGCUGAAACUAGGAGAGGAUCUCGGCACCUUUGCUCUACACAAACAUCCAGUGGAUAUUGUACCAGAGUGGUGGAAGGGAGACUAACUCUGUUAUGUACUCUGAACACUGAGGUGACUUCAAAUGACUAGAAAUGCCUACCUGUGAGAAGCAUCUUUUGUGGUCAUAUUCAUCUACAUACACUCUGACUAAACCCAAAUAGUCAAAGAUGUGACACCUUAACCAGCAAUGAUCAUAUGUACUUAUGCUUGGUAUCUGCCAUAUUAAGUAUAAAAAGAUAAACUGUCACUGGGGUGUAGCAUUGGGGCUUGACGGAACAAGAGAUGGGUGGCUUCUUGUAUAGUAGAAGCCACUGAUAGUCACCAUCUAUCAACAGUUACCCAUGAAGCUUAGAUGUAGGGGGAAAACUAUAUAACUGAAUUACAGACUUUAUUCAGCCCCAGAAAGCAGCUGUCUCUUUGAGGUCAUGUGUUUAGGAGCUUAGCAGCACUUGCUCUGGGAUCUGUAAAAGAGUAUGGAAGUAAGAGGGCAGUAUUUUGUCUUAAACAUUUUAAAGUAACAGGUGAUGCUUGGGUUCACACAGCUGCAGUGGCACUGUGCCAAGAUAAACUCUCAUCCCCAAGCAAUCUGCUAGGAUGGUUGAUAUUAAUUUACCAGGGCCUGUGCAUUAAAGCUUUCCUAUAACCUGCUCCCAGCCACCUUAGAGGCUGUUCUUGUGGGGGAAGGGGGGAAAUAACCAUCUUGCUCUGAUACAAAGAACACUGCACCCAAGAGCCAGCCAAUUGGGCUGUUUCUCUUUGCACCCUUAUUUCAGUUUUGCUGUUUGGGAGAGGGAACUGAAAAGAGAAGGGCAGUGCACUCUCUCUCAUAUAAGCCACAAUGCCUAGGCAUUAGUGUGAAGAUCUGCAGUCAUGGGGCAUGCCCUCUUGGACGGGGGAGCUGGGGGGGAAGUGGUGCGGAGUUGCGUUCCGUGGGGUGCGACUGAGACCCAGACCAACCCCCAAAGGGGGUGGGGAGGGAGUGCUGCCCAGUUCUGCUCCUGGUCUGUGCCUGGGGAUCCUGGCUGUCAGCCCCAUGCCUGGGGAUGUGCUCCUGACCAUGGCGGGCAGCCCCACGUCUGGGGAUCUGGCUGGCCGCAACUGAAGACUUCUGCCCCUGGCUGAGGGUCUGCCCCCAUCCCAAGCUGAGGCCCCAGCAUUGGCCCUCCUUACCACUGUCUGCAUCUCCCCCUCUUGGAGCCGCAGCCCUGCUCCUGGCUCCGUGUGGGGGAGCGUGGACAGGGUAUGGGUGGGCAUGAGGUAAAAAGUUUGGGAAUCGCUGCACUAGUGACUGAAUUAAAAUGCAAACUGGCAACCUUAACUGUGAAUUUUCUGUAUACAGUGUAUUAAGUAGACCCCCUGAAUGUUGAUUUUUAACUUGUCCUUUACUAUUUGUGUUCCCUCUCCCAUCUCAGGAUAUGGCCCAAUCUGUUGUAAAAGUGAGCCCUGCUUAUCUUGGUUCGUCAGCAGUAUAGACUUUUCUUUCCAAGUCUCCUUUGUGCUGGUCACUUUAUGUAGCAGAGAAGUGGGAGGGAGUUUAGAGGUGUGAGGCAGGUGGCUCAUCAGUGCGUCCCUAAGCAGGAAAUUCAAGGGGUGCAUUUGUGGCAAUAGAACACAAAUGUGCAGACUUUUCUUCAAAACUGCUGCAGUUUUUCCUGCAGGGGGACUCUUCCUUAAGGCUGCUUAGAUGUAAAGACGGUUUUGUGUCAAAACAUCCAGAUUCCCUGGCCGAGGAUGCCUGUAGUCUGCCUAGUUCAGGGCACACAUUGGCAGCUUGCCCAUAGCCUGCAUGCUGCAUGUUAUCUUCAUAAAAUGGAGCAGACUGCAGCUGCUAUCACUUAGAACAAGAUAGGGGGCUGCGGUGGCUACAGGAUUAGAAGGGUAUCCCCCUCCUAGUGACAAGGGUUAACCUGGAUUAUAAAGCUCUUGGGGCUGCGGUUUGGGCCAUUGCCUUCAGCAGCAUGGUUACAGCUGUGCCUCAUCUUAAUAUUUUACUGUAUGAAAAAAGUCUGGGCCUGAGCCCAUGAAGUCUGUCAUGGGGAAACCAACCUGCCUCUCACUACCAAGAAAGCUGCUCCUUUUCUAGCAAUUCCACAGUCUGAUGUUCCAGAGUGCAGAGCCCUUCUCCAUGCCUACAAACAGAUCAGUGGUGUGACAAUAAAGCUGUCAAUUAAAAUGGA